ACCCACCUAGACAACUUUUUAAAAAGUAAUUCUUCAGAAACCAAAAAUAUGCUUGUAAAUUGAGGUUUGACACGUUAUAAAAUUCGUCUCGCCUUAAAGCUGCAAACAAAACCGCCGUAAAUCGAACGUUGGCGUCGCAAUACUGCAACAUGGCGACUCCAAUGACAGGACGUGGUGUCGCUUUUAUCAGGAGUAUAUCUGGAGUAUUACACCAACGGUUGCAGGUUCUUGGUGGUAGUUCUCAGCUGCUUUCAUGUCUACACACAAGCGCUUCACUGGAUGCAAAACACUGGGAGAGGAACAACCUGAAGGUUUAUCCUCCUCAGUUGGCAGAAGAACCUCGCAGACCUGCGGAAGUCUACCACAGCAGGAGGCAGAUUAAAUACAGCAAGGACAAGAUGUGGUACCUGGCUAAACUGAUUAAAGGCAUGAGUAUCGACCAGGCCAUCGCACAGCUGGAGUUCAACGACAAGAAAGGAGCCAAAAUCAUGAGAGAGGUUCUUCUUGAAGCUCAGGAGAUGGCGGUCAAAAAUCACCAUGUUGAGUACAAAUCAAACCUGUAUGUCGCUGAAUCGCACUCCGGCAAAGGGAAGUACCUGAAGCGGAUCCGUUACCAUGGCCGUGGCAUGUUCGGCAUCAUGGACAAAGUUUACUGUCACUACUUUGUUAAACUGGUGGAGGGAUCGCCGCCAAAAAAAGAGGAGAGGACAGGCUUCGACCGGGCCAAAGAGUACGUGGAGGACCUCAAGAAAAGAACCAUACGACACAGUCUAUAGAGAAUAUUUUACAUCUUUUACGGUCUUUCUCUGAGUGUUUGUAUCAUUGACAUUUGUAAAUAAACAUAUGAGUGAAUGGGUAAAUA